GCCGAGGAUUGGCCGUUCCUGGUACUCGUAUGAAUUUUCUCGACCUCUGCUCAAACUUGACCCUCGUCUACAACUAUAUCCAGCCGAACAGGGCACCAGGCCACAGCUUCGACGACUUGUCAGAUCAGUCGCCGAGAAUCAAGCGAAAGCAGUGUUCUUCCCAACUUUUCGCCCCUUUUCCGUCUCUCAUCUGCAUUGAUAUCGUCCAGCAGGAAACAUGGACUACACCUCUCUCCGAACCAAACACCGUGCAGAGCACCUCGCACGAGACGCUGCCGCAGCAUCUCAUGCCUCAUACUACGCGCACCCAGCCCUUCACAUCCACACAUACCUCGACAAGUCAAAGCCUGCUGUAGUGACACAGGAAGGUAAGGUUGUCGGUGCGCUCAACGAUCCAGCUCAACCUCUGGCCCAAUCUCCGGCGCCCGAAACGCUCGGCGAAGCACCGCCCACAGGUGCCCCUACCAAACCAGGAGAGCAUGUUCACAAUAUUCCGCAAGUGAAUGCCAACACCGACGAAGCGAGAAAGGUUGGAACUGAAGGUACCAAGGAGGAAGAAGGCGGUAAGGAAGAUGCCGGUGCUCCUAGUGGGCUUGAUAAAGGUGCUUUGGAGGUUGGCGGCGAAGCAGGAGGGACAAAGACCUCCCCUGGCCCUACUGCUGAAGAGGUUGCUAGACAUGCCCAUAUGAUUGGUGAUAAGGCUAAUAUGGCUGCGCUUGGUGUUCCAAAUGGUAGGCCGGGUAUGGAGAGGCACUGGAGUGUGAGCGGGAAAAUGCAGCCGCAUUUGCAGUUGAUGUGUGGACCUUUAUUGGCGUACUACACUGUCAAGGAUAAUGUCUGGCAAGGUGCUGCCAUGGUGGUCGUCCGCGAUGAAGGUUCUGUGCUUGAUCCUCCGCCAUACCUCAAGCUUUCAUUCCACCCUUACACCCCUCCUUCUGCUGAACAGCCCACCCUCUAUGAACCAGAGAUACAGCUGCUUCCUCCGACUACCAUUGGCUCACAGAACAUCUUCACCUACAACUCUCCAGAAGGUAAUAUGAGCUUCCACAGAUUCAUCAUGGAAAUCCCCCUGCAAAAGAUACAAACGGCUGUCCGAUAUAGGUUGAAUGGGGGUGCCGGAAUGGAUUUCAUCGUUCCUGCCUUGGGUCAAAACAUGCGUUGGGCAGCCCACAGCUGUAAUGGUUUCUCAUCCGGUGUCAAUCCUGACGACUUUAAGGGUCCUUACCCCUCAGGUUACGACCCUGUCUGGGAAGACUUGCUCCUAAAACACCAAGAAAAGGCUUUCCAUUGUAUGGUUGGGGGAGGGGAUCAGAUUUACUGUGAUGCUGUAACAAGAGAGCCCGAGUUACAGAGCUGGAUUAAUGCGCCCACUAGGAAGAGCAAGCUUGGCCACCCUUUGACCGAUGAGAUGAGAAUAGCAAUUGAUAGAUUUUACUUCAACCACUAUUGCAAGAUUUUCAGGAGCAAUGCCUUUGGUCGUGCCAAUUCUACUAUUCCUAUGGUGAACAUGCUUGAUGAUCAUGAUCUGAUCGAUGGUUUCGGAACAUACGACGACGAAACGCAGAGUGCCGCAGUGAUGUCGUUUGUGGGGAGCCGAGGCUACUUUUGGUUUCUCCUGUUUCAACUUUUCAUUUGUGAUGCGUUUGAUGGUGUAAACCCAGUCCCCGGAACUCAUGCCGUCAAAUCUCUCAUUAUCGGGGACAAGAAUGGUCCCUGGAUUCCUUUCCCUUCUCACUCCCUCCUCAUCUACCUCGGCCCCAAGGUCACCCUUCUGGCUCUUGAUUGCCGUGCUGAACGCAAGUUAACUGAGAUCUGUCGACCAGAGUCGUAUGCCAAGGUUUUCAACGAGGUAAAGAAGGUGCAAGGGAUUGAGCAGCUGGUCAUCCUUCUGGGUGUGCCCAUUGCCUACCCACGAAUGUCUUUCCUGGAACACUUCCUCGAACUGAAAUGGAACCCCAUCAACAUCCUUGCUCGACACAACGCCCUCGGUCUCGGCAGUAUGGUCAACAAGUUCAAUCAAGCAUCCGAACUUCUCGACGACUUGAACGACCACUGGUGCGCAAACACUCACAAAAAGGAACGAAAUUGGCUAGUACUCGAAUGUCAAGAACUUGCCAAACAACUGCACGCGCGUAUCACCUUUUUGAGUGGUGACGUUCACCUUGCGGCUGUUGGAUGCUUAUUCACAAAGAAGAAGAAGGGUGCCAAAGAGUUAAAACCGGAGCAAGAUUGGAGAUACAUGUUGAACGUGAUUACGAGUGCGAUUGUCAAUACGCCUCCUCCUGCAGGCGCUGCGAAGUUGGUGGCCAUGCUGGGCGGGCAUAGGCAUAGGACUUUGCAUCACAAGGACACAGAUGAACACAUGAUGCCACUUUUUGGAAAAGAUACCGAUGGCUCAAAACUCAGCCGCAAAUUUGUUCAGCCUCGAAGAAAUUAUGCGAUAGUAGAAUAUACCUCUCAGUCCGAGCUCCUCUUUGACAUACGCGUUGAAAAGAGUCAGGGUGCCGGCGAAACUGUCAGUUAUCCCGUUACUGCGCCUGCGCCCAAGUGGUAAGGAGUGGAAUGAGAGAAUAACUUUUUGAGGGCUUCCGAUGGUGGGAUUUUGGCAUUGUGAUACUGUAUCGGAAGUGAGAGAGGAGAGACGAUAUGUUUAUAUCUCGGAAAGAAUUUAAUUGAAUGCCCAUGGCUUGCCACUGAUCGAUAUUUAGAAGUAGUUGAUGACCGUACCGUACAUGGCCUAUAGCUCAUCAUGCAUCAUGUAUAUGGAAC